UAUACAAAACCUUUCGUUACUUGUCAAAAUUUUCCUGGUGUCUCCAAGAGAAUGUUAAAUGGCAGUCCGAGGAACUUAGGGCUGGCCUCCUGGCCGCCCGGCGCCCAUUUGCUCAACUUUCCGCAGCCGCCAGAACCUAAUAGCCAGCGCUUGGCCUCAGUUCACUUUCAGUCGCCGCCGGAUCGUAUCCUCAACUUAAGGCCCUGCCCCCUGGGACCCAAUCCGGAUAAUGGCGGAGCUUCCGGACAACUGGAGAAUGCCGAAAAUGAGCGGGCUCUGGCAAAGAAGUUCAUCUAUUUGUGCUAUCUUGUGGCAAGUGUGUAUUCCGUGAUUGCUGCGAUUCAAAUGCUGUUAAUCACGCUUCUACUAAAACCGUCCACCGCGGACAUAAUGGCCGGCUUCGUGUGCGUCAUUAUAUCGCUGAUGAUGCUCUUUUUCAUAUCCAUCCUGGACAAUCUGCGGCAGAUCCUCUGGAUAAGCAUCCUUCUGUCCGCCCUAUUUGCGGAGUUGGUGUGUGCGGGUGUGGUCCUGAUCCUGGCCGAAAGGACGAUUAUGAGGGUGACCUUAGCCUUGGUGGCUGCCAGCAUCCUGCUCCUCAUCGGCUAUUUGCUGGGCGCCUGGCUGCCCAAGAUUGUGCUGCCCGGCGAGCGAGCGAUGCUCGUCAUCAUCGUAGUUUUUGGGCUGAUCUCCAUAUUCCUCAUCACCAUGCAUAUCUUCACGAAUAAGGUUGUCUACUCGAACGCAUACUUUUGCUUGCUCCUCGUGGUCCUUAUACCGUUGACCACCUACCACGCCCAGCUCGUGCACGGCCGGAGAUUCAGUUUGCCCUUCUACGAGUUCGUCAUCUCCGCCACGUACAUCUAUCUGCACUUCUUGUUAUUCUUCAGCGCCGCCUUCUACUGCAUCUGGACCUUUCAAUUAAGUUAAUCCUUAAUUUAUCAAUAAAGUAUUCCUUUCCCAACAUGUAAAAAAA